GGGCCUCCGCGAGAGUCUUUGUCCAAAACUGAGACAGAAGGGGCCGAUGUUGCAAAGAAAAGUCUGUCUUCCAAGAAGUUUCCUGCCUGAUUUACAUUUAAACCAAAGAGUUCAGAGAAACGGUCCAGUUGGAAGAUGUUUGCCAUAGCGACCAAAAACUUUGUAGAGGAGGUGGAUAAUAGAGGUUUAUUGAUCCCAGUGUCCAGCUUGAAUGACACUAUUGCUCUACUGACAGUGGUGGUGAAGCGCAAGCGUUUCUGGUUCUGGCAGAAGCCCAAAUAUCUUCCCACUGAUUUCCACUUCAAUGAUAUACUAAUAGGAGAAAUGCCAAUAAAUCCAGAUGUGUCAGAGGCUGACUUCAUCAAAUACACUGGGACAUUUGGUGACAACAUUCAGGGAAGUGUGGAUGCUGCUUUUGUCAAAGCCAACGUCAACCUGGAGGGCAAGGACUCCUCCAAACUCCAGUCAUCCUUUGGCAGUUUAAAGAAAGAUGAAGUGGAUGUGCAGAAGUUGUUGCAAGACUGCAAAGACAGGGUUUUGGACAUGUCCCACUGUCUGAUCCAGCAGGCAAAGGAGAAGCACAAGCGGGUUUUUGGGAUUGUGAAGGAGCGCAUUUUAACCACCCAGCCAUGUUCAGUCAUAGAGGAGGUGCAGCAGGGUGGACAGUGUGGAGGGAGCCUGAGCUCAUGUGGCCCCAAAAGCCAUAAGAUUUCACUGAAGGAAAAUGGGAGCUUAAGUAAAGACAGUAACAUUACCAUGGAGAUUCCUACUCAAACUACAAUAGCAUAUGGCCUUAUAGAGCUGGACGUCAAACAGGAUGGGUGCUUUGUGCUGUGCCUGAUGUCAGACACCAAUGGUGGUUUUGAAGUAGAUGGUGCUGCUAAACAAGGACUCCUAAGUGUCUCAGGAACUCCUGUGCACACUUCUGAAAUUGGCCUCAUUCAACAAGAGCUGGUGCGCCUGAAGGAUAAUUUCCAGCUGCUUUCAGGUCUUCCUGCAUCCAUCAGAUCUUCUCUGCUCCAACAAAUCACAGAACUUAUGCAGGACCCACCAGCUAUCAGUUCACUUCAGAAAGUAUUGGAACAGAAGUAUCUGGAACCAGGUCUAGGUGAUGUUAGACCGACAGAUUCUGAACAACAAAAAAUCCAAGGUAUUCUUGACCUGUUGGUACCAUCUCAAGCAGGCCAGUCCACAUCAAUCCUCACAGCCCUUCAUCUCAUUAUCAGUGCUUUGGAUGAGAUGACACAAGAUUGUCUUGAAUACUUGAGAAUCUGCAGCAACCCCACAACAUUACGGACCCUGGAGCAACUGGUGCAGUGCGUAUCAGAAAAUAAGGAGAUGCCCCUGAGCAGCGCAGUACUGACAGAGGACGUCUACAUAAACACAAAACAUCUGUUUUCCUUGUCUAACGUGUCCCUGAAAAAAGAUGGAAACGUGGUGCGGACUGAAAUUAAGCAUCCACAAGGAAAUCUUCCUCUGGUCCUGUGCAUCGCAAUCCGAAGUCUUGCGUCAUUGGCCUACUGUGGCUGAAGUGGAGACAAAAUCCAACAAAAAAUUGAAACAUUGAAAUGGAUGAAUGGGAUCUCAUAGAUCAAGUUGCAGCAGGUUAUCCUAAAAUAAGGAAAGAAAUAGGAUCUCUGGAUCUAUUGCACAUCCCAGAAUCUAAACUAUUGUGAUUGUAUGAUAAUCCAGACAGAAUCAAAUAUCACAUGAAAAUAAAUCUAUUAUUUACAGGUGUUCAUUUAUAACACAAAUCUUUUGGAAAUAUCAGAUUUUAAAGAUGUAAAAACAUUUGUUCCAUUUCACAUUCUUAAUGAUUUUAGAUUUUUAACUUUUUUAAUUUUGAUUGAUUUGCUCUGCUGGAUUAUACAUUUAACAUCUGCCAGAAAGACUGUUUUCCCCAGAAAGAUUAUUUCAGGCUUGUUUUGUUCCAGCCACAAACCUCAUUAACAAUUUCAGACUGGAAUAUGAAUGUUUUGUUCCAUUUGACUGCUUAUCUGUUGAGUUUCAGAGUGCGUCAUACUUAAUAUUGAAAAUUGUUUCAUUAUUUCUCUGGUGCUAAACAAAUAUAAAACAAGAAACCCAAGAAAUUCAUGUCCGUGUGUGUGUGCACAUA